AUGACAACAUCAGUGGCAGUCGAGCCUGACGGCAUGCCGCUGUCUCAGGGGCCGUCCCUAGAUCAAUCAAUCCAGGAUGUUACUGAGGAGCCCGCUGCUAUGCUAGGCAGUUCAGACGCAGACCCGCGGGAAUCUAAAGCACGAACACGGCCAGAUCGUGCCUCACGCAACAAGAAACUUAAGCAGCAACAAUUCCAACGAGCGCUGACAUCGAUGCUGGAGAGCUUUCAGAGCAUCUUUGAAGAUUCUGAUGCUGAUAUCUCAGACCUUGACGACCGCGGCCCACGAGCUCCUCAAGCGGUUGUGGAGGAAGCUUAUUCAACCCCUCUAAGUUACGAUAGCAGCGAAAGUUUAUCUCCAUCAAGAGGUCGAGCAAGAAGUUCGGACUAUCGUCAAGGAUCUGCAGGUGGCAGAUCUCCGGGUGCACGUGAGACAGAUGAUCGGACCCAAAACGGGCGGCUAUCCAGAAGACCUACCGUCCUCGAAGAGGUCGAGCCAGGACCCAUCAGUUUUGAGACUGAGCUCUAUGAGUACAGCCGAUCACGAGACAACGAGUACGAUGAGCCUAUGAUUGUUGGUGUUACAACAACUCCGGCCCCUCACAAGAUCUCGAAAGUGGGCGCCCACGCUGGAUCCGCAGGAACCAAUGGCCAGGACCACAUUUUCAAAGUUGUCUCUAUGUAUUCCGUCCCAAGACAGGAGAAAGAUCGAGACGCGAAGUUACACCGGUCGAGACGAAGGAAUAGCUAUUAUGAUGAUGCGACGGAUCCAGAACUCGUGGAAAGGUCUACAUAUCGACGCGGACGGCCAGUGCGACCAAUCUCAGUUACUGCAAGUGUGGGAAGCUAUCUGGUGAUUUAUUCCGAAGUGGUUAUGCGUGCGAUUCGACGCUGCGUCAAGGUGUACCCGGGCAUAUCUAGAGCUUUUGAAUUCAUGUGUAUCCCAGCGCCUUAUACCCUGAUUGUCCACUAUCGGGAUGAAUUACAAGCGUACAGUGAUGGAAUCCCUGAUGAGCUGGAUAUGACCCAAGGUGAACUGCCUUCGCCUACAACUGAACGGAAUGAUGACAAGAAGGAAUCGCAGCGACCAAGCAUUGACUUGCCGCCUAAGCAACACAUCCCCUUGUUACUAAACUAUGUCUUCUCGCCGGAAUUCACCGCUACAUACGAGCAUGAGAUGUCACUGAGGAAAAAACCUGUACCUACUUGCACAUAUGCCCUAGCAUGGAUGCUAUUCCGACCAGGUUCCAUGGUUUAUGCUUCGAGUGGCAACAGCGUAGACGCCUAUGUCGUUGAUUGGUACGAAUUGGAAGGUCUUUAUAGCGGAGACUCCGAGCGCCGCAAAAGAUCAAGAGGACUGGCCGAGCUUGUCAGACCACCUCAAGCUCUCCGAGGUGAGCUGCCUGAAUACAGUUCGAUCCCCAAAUCACUAGUUGUCAAGCUCCAUUAUCUUGAAUUCGAUGGAACUCGGAUUGGCCGACGCCAAAAAGUUGUGACUAUUACGCCAUUCGAAGGCGAACGGGAAAUAAACUCUCUACCGGUUUACCCAAUAGAGUAUGCUCAAGAUCCAAAGCUUCGAGAGACUUUGAUCACUCGUGGGCAAAAAUAUUUCAGGCUUUGUGAGCGACAUUACAUGUCUUAUUCUGGUGACACAGUCACAACUGCUAACACACCCUCACGCAGAGUUAAUGGCCGGGUCAUGAUCGAUUCCACCACAUACUACAAUGAUCCAGAAUCCACGGGUGUCCUGCGCCUGAAGCUACCCAAUGAGGAUGGACUCAUCGGGUCGGACAGUUCCAGUGUCAGUGACAGCAGUGGAUCAGACACUCACUAUCGUCAACGACGUCGAAGGCGAAGGUACGCACGUCGCAUCAAAGAAGCGAAGAAAUCCAAAUUACAAGCGAAGGGAAUGGCAGAGUAUGACCUGGUUGAGCCAACCGAAGCCAGCUUGAAACCUGAGCAUUUUAUGUUGUUCCCUGUUCAAGUAUGGGGAUUUGUGCUAAGAGAGCGUCGCUGGUAUCUGUUACACAUAGACGGACUGAAGGAACCGAAAUUUCAAGAAGACAUCAUCGGUGAUCUCGUCCUCAAGGACGAAGCCCGGAACUUGAUCGAAGCGCUGUCAAGCACUCACUCGACUGCUUCAGAUGAUACAUCCACCAAUGCUAAAGAUAACGAAGGGUUCAAUCACUGGAGCGCAGAUAUUGUACAGAACAAAGGAGAAGGUCGUAUUUUCCUCCUGCAUGGUAAACCUGGCGUUGGCAAAACAUCAACCGCGGAAUGCGUUGCAGAGGCUAGCCAAGCACCGCUACUUGCGAUCACCUGUGGUGAUCUGGGGAUAGAGCCCCCCGAAGUUGAACGAGCACUGAUGAAGUGGUUCAAGUUGGCGACCUUAUGGAAAGCAGUGUUACUUCUGGAUGAGGCAGAUGUCUACCUAGAAUCGCGUAUGAGCGGCGAUCUCGCACGUAAUAGCUUGGUCUCGAUAUUUCUUCGUGCAUUGGAAUAUUACCAAGGUGUUCUGUUCCUGACAACAAACAGGGUUGGUACAUUUGACGAGGCUAUGCUCUCACGAAUCCACGUCGUGCUUCAUUACGCAGACUUUGAGGACGCUGAGAGGCAGAAGAUCUGGACCACAUCCUUCCGAAAACUUGGUGAAGAGCGGCCUGACGUUAAGGUCGGCCCGGGGGUGAUGGACUAUGCCCUAGAAAACCAGAGAUUGCUCAACCUGAGGUGGAAUGGCCGCGAGAUCCGGAACGCAUUCAAUACCAUCGUUGCAUUAGCUGAGUUCGAUGCAGAGAAGAAGCGUAGGGCAGGAGCAUCCAAACCCCAGGUAUCCCUUGAGAGGAGUCACUUGGUCCAGGUGGUGAAGAUGAGCGAGGAGUUCAAGAAAUAUAUGAAGAGCACGAGGGGAUUAGAUGAGUCUGCGCUCGCAAAGGCACUCAAGAUCCGAGAUGACUCGGUGAUGCAGACGAUCAAGAGUUUCUCAUCAGGAUAA